UUCUACGACUACAGUAGUCAUCAUGCUAGAGGCAGAUGAAGUUGAAGUAGUGAUUGAUCCGAAGGACAUUGAACUGACUACUGCAAGAUCUGGGGGCGCAGGAGGGCGAAAUGUCAACAAGGUGGAGACAGCAAUUGAUCUUUCCCCAAGCCGACAGGAAACCACAUUUUUUGCACUGAAGAAAGGACUCAACUUGAGAAUAAGAUUCGGGCUUUUCUAUUGCUACGAGCCAAACUAUGAGCAUCCAUUACAAUCAUAGCAUUUCUCACAUCAUCGUAUAAAUUACGUGAAUGU